AUGUUGUUUUUCUGGAGAGUCUGCACUUGGUGCUAUGUGACAUGUAGCAACUGCACUGACCUUGGUCCUAAGACACUCCUGGAAGCCCUGGAGCUCUUCCUUUUGAUUGUGGCUGAGAUUUAUGCUCAUUUAGAUUAUAGGCCCCUCCCUGGGUGUGAAAAGUGCUUCCGGGAUCGGCCUGAGGUCAAAUGCCAUCUGAAGGUACACCAAAACAAGAAGGCAGUGGCUGGCAACCUGGAAGUAUGCCAUGAAUGCUCUACCUAUGUAACACCUGGAUCCCAAGUCCUCAUACUCAGGGGAAAGGAAAGCUGGCUGGAUCGUCUGCGCUGUAAAAAUCCAGGCAGACCCAUUAGGGUCUGGGGACUUCUGAGUCAUUUGCUGGGCUUUCUUCAUGAACCCUUGAUGCUGGGAAGGAUUUCAAAAGUAGAGGAAUCCUCAGAGGAGGGAGAGAUGAGAAAAUGA